AUGCUGGCAACGGCAUUCCUCCUGCUCGGCGCUGCCCUCAACGGCGUCACUGCUCACUAUACAUUUCCCAGAGUCCAGAACGGCUUCGACUGGCAGUAUGUCCGCCGAGCAGACAACUUUCAGAGCAACGGCUUCGUCGCCGAUGUCAACUCACAACAGAUCCGCUGUUUCCAAAACAUCCAUUCCCCGGCACAGGCUACCCUCAAUGUCACAGCCGGCUCUACAGUGACAUACUACUCGAACCAGGCCAUCUUCCAUCCUGGUCCCAUGUCCUUCUACAUGGCCCGGGUGCCCGAUGGCCAGGAUAUCAACUCGUGGAAGGGCGAAGGAGCAGUCUGGUUCAAGAUCUAUCACGAGCAGCCUACCUUUGGUUCUUCUCUGAAGUGGUCUAGCGAGGGCAAGAGCGCUUUCCCUGUCACCAUCCCCAGGUGUAUCCGGCCCGGAUACUAUCUGCUCCGCGCUGAGCAUAUUGCUCUGCACAGCGCCAGCACCCCGGGUGGUGCCCAGUUCUACAUUUCGUGUGCUCAGCUGGCUGUCACUGGCGGCGGCAGCACUGAUCCUCCGAACAAGGUCUCCUUCCCAGGUGCUUAUAAGGCGAAUGACCCCGGUAUCCAGAUCAACAUCUACUACCCUGUUCCGACAUCUUAUAAGAACCCUGGUCCGAGUGUCUUCAGCUGCUAG